GCGGCAACAACGUGCUUGCUUGUGUCCUAAUCCUUCUCUCUCCGUCAAUAAUUUCAUCUCAAGAAAAUGUCCUAAGAUCACCAAACCAAACCAAACUUAGGGUUCUUCUUUGUUCUCUGCUUCAACAGAACUACAGGAUUAAACAAUGGAAGAGAAAAAAGUAGUAAGAGCGUUAAGCGAACACCUAUCACUACCUCCUCCACCAUCUCCUUCUGUAGCGGUAGCCAUCAACGGGAAGAAGAAGAGCAAAUACGUCGUUUUUUGGGCUCUUGAGAAGUUUAUACCUGAAGGUUUCACUGAUUUCAAAUUGCUCUAUGUUCGUCCUCCUGUCUCUUACAUCCCUACCCCAAUGGGGAUUGCGGUAGCGGUAUCAGAGCUUAGAGAGGAUGUAGUAUCAGCUUACAAACAAGAACUGGAUUGGAGCGCAAACGAGAUGCUUCGUCCUUACAAGAAAAUGUUUGAAAGGAGAAAGGUGCAAGUAGAGGUUUUGUUGCUGGAUUCACUUGAGCCUGCAGCCGCGAUAGCGGAAGAGAUUGCUGGAACUGGAGUCACAAAACUGGUAAUAGGAAUGUCUCUCCGCGGAUUCUUUUCAAGAAAGAUCGAUAUGUCUUCUUUGAUCGCAACAGCUGUUCCGAGAUUCUGCACUGUCUAUGUGAUCUCGAAGGGGAAACUAGCUUCCGUGCGUCCUUCUGAGUCAGACGCUAGCGGAAGCAUAAGAUUCGAGAGAAGCAGUUCCACAAGUGGCUCCACUGAUAGUCCUAGACUCCCUCCUGAGUACCAAGACUUUCUCUCCGCUGUUUCGGAAGCACAAUCCCGAGUCUCUCCUUUUUCUCCUGCUCUGAAACAUUCGAUGGGAAGCAACGCAGUGGCUCAGAUGGAUACGAGUUCGAGCGGGACGGACCAAGAGGAAGUAUCUACGGGGAGAGGGAUGGAGAUUGUCCAUAGCGGUAUUGAAGGAAAGAAGAAUAAGGAUGAGAGCUUUAGCGCUUCGUUCCCAAUGGGUACAGAGGCUUACAACUCGAUGAGCUGGACGUCUAAAUGGAGAGAUCACGAGGAUAGGAGAGAGAUGAGGAGCUCUUCUUCGAGUAACAACCACGAUCUAGUCAAUAUGGACUGGGGUGCCGUGGUUCCUGAGAACUAUUCUUGGGUUUCUCAUACUGCCUCUCACAUGUCUGAUGGACUCCUCAGUGUCCAUUCUAUUACCGAUAAUCAGGUGAAUCUGAACUUUGAGAUAGAGAAACUGAGAGCGGAGCUGAAGCAUGUUCAGGAGAUGUAUGCCAUGGCUCAAACCGAGACUGUUGGUGCUUCAAAAAAGCUGACUGAGCUAAACCAGAGGCGGUUCGAGGAAUCCGAGAAGCUUGUGGAACUGAAGGAAAAAGAAGAAGUAGCAAAAGAUACAGCUUCAAAGGAGAAGCAAAGGUACGAAGAGGCGAUGAAGGAAGCAGAGAAGGUUAAAGAACUCAUGAUGAAAGAGGCUUUACAUAGAAGAGAAGCUGAGUUCAAAGCAGAGCGCGAUGCUAGAGAGAAAGAUAAGCUCCAGGCUUCUCUCGUCUCUCCCGGGGUCCAAUACCAACAUUAUACCUGGGAGGAAAUCGCAGCCGCAACUUCUGACUUCGCAGAAAAUCUCAAGAUUGGAAUCGGAGCCUAUGGAUCAGUCUACAAAUGUAAUCUACAUCACACGACCGGUGCUGUCAAGGUCCUUCACGCUGGAGAAACUCAGCUCUCGAAACAGUUUGAUCAAGAGCUUGAGAUCUUAAGCAAAAUUCGACAUCCUCACUUAGUCCUCCUACUAGGGGCGUGUCCCGAACGCGGCUGCCUUGUCUACGAGUACAUGGACAACGGAAGCUUAGAUGACCGGUUGAUGCUAGUCAACGACACACCACCGAUCCCUUGGUUUGAGCGUUUCAGGAUCGCUUUAGAAGUCGCUUCAGCGCUUGUAUUCCUCCACAAAUCCAAGCCUAGACCAAUCAUUCACCGUGACCUCAAACCAGGAAACAUCUUGCUUGACCACAACUUCGUCAGCAAACUCGGCGAUGUUGGUCUCUCAACAAUGGUUAACCAAGACGAUGUUUCAUCUAGAACUAUCUUCAAGCAAACCAGUCCCGUGGGCACGCUCUGUUACAUUGACCCUGAGUAUCAGCGAACCGGGAUUAUCUCACCUAAAUCGGAUGUGUACUCCCUCGGAGUUGUGAUUCUGCAGCUAAUAACCGCGAAACCCGCCAUAGCGAUUACUCAUAUGGUGGAAGAAGCUAUCGGAGACGAUGCUGAAUUUAUGGCAAUCUUGGAUAAGAAAGCUGGGUCUUGGCCCAUCAGUGAUACUCGUGAGUUAGCCGCUUUGGGACUGUGUUGUACAGAAAUGAGACGCAGAGACAGACCGGAUCUUAAAGAUCAAAUCAUCCCGGCUUUGGAACGGCUCAGGAAAGUCGCCGACAAAGCUCAAAACUUGCUUUCGAGAACUCCGUCUGGUCCUCCAUCUCAUUUCAUUUGCCCACUUUUGAAGGGAGUAAUGAACGAGCCGUGCGUGGCUGCGGAUGGGUACACGUACGAUCGGGAAGCUAUAGAGGAAUGGCUGAGACAGAAAGAUACAUCACCGGUGACGAAUCUUCCAUUGCCUAACAAGAACCUUAUUGCUAAUUACACUCUUUACUCAGCAAUCAUGGAGUGGAAAUCUAAUAAACGGUAGAGAGAAACAGAUUCCAGAAAAAUUACAAUCGGUUCUAUCAAUGUGUUUACUCUAAUAUGUUUUUUUUUUGUGUGUUUUUCUCUGUUCCGAGGAUUCCUCAUUUGUCUGAUGACAUGCACAAUUACAACAAUAUAUAUAGAGAGAAAUGUCUUUCGAUAUAAGUUUAUUUUGUUUCUAUUGGUAAAAAUGUAACUUUA